UAAUGUCAAAAGAAGGAAAAUCUGAGAAGUUAUAUUAAUUGAAUUAUUUAAUUAAAAUAAUUUAACAUGGAUAUUGUGCUGCAAGAACAUCGUGCGAAACAUAUUUAUAGAGUUCCUGAUGGACUGAGAGAGCUUUGCGCAGAUAUUUCACGAGAGGUUCUUCGAUCUCAACCCAGAAAUAUAUAUUGUUUUAUUGCCGAUUAUACAGACGCACUUUUAAUCACGAGAGAAAAUGUUAAAGUUGCAAUGAGAGUUGUACAUAAGAUAAUGCUUGAUAGUGAAUCAAUUAUGGGUGUUCUUCAAAAAACUGGAUUGUCGUUAAAACAAAUUGCUGUUGCUGCUCCUCGACUUCAAAAAACUUUUCGAACUUACCUCGAUGCAGUGGACAUAAAAGCAGAUCAAAAUGAAACGGACGAAUAUUUGGAAAAGAAGAAUCAAAUAUCGAUAGAAAACAUUCUAAGGGAAACUGGAGCCACUUUAAUUGAUGCGAACAGAGCUGCAACACUCAUUCAAGCUGCAUUUCGAGGACAUUAUCAAAGAAUGUUAGAACGAGAACAAAAAGGAGAAAUUCAGUGGCAAAGAGCAGUUGUAAAUACGAUGCAAAUUUUGAGAAAAGCAGGAAUAAAUCAAAGUGAAGCAUCGAAAACUGCAACUUUAAUUCAAUCUGCUUAUCGUGGUUACUACACUAGAAGGAAUAUUAAAAUAAAAAUAGAAGAGGAAAAGGAAAGAAAGCAAAUGGACUAUCUCGAACCUAGAGAAACAAUUCAGGCUGUUGCUUGGCUUGAUAUGAUGUUUGAUGAUUCUGGCCUUACGAAAGAACAAGCUAACGAAGCCGCUUCUAUCAUUCAAAGAGCCUUCAGAAAUUACCGUGGAAAAAGAAAUUCCAAAGAAGUCCCAAAAAUUACUUCAUCCAGAUCGUUGGUUGUAGAAGCGAUAGUCGAUAAUUUGCAUCAAAAAGUUUUUAAAAAUAUUUUAGACCGAGAUGAUUUUCCAAAAGAAUUAGGAUCUCGUGAAAUGUUAUCAGAAUCUAUUGAUAAAGUUCAUAGUGCUUAUAAAGAGCUUUUGAGGAAGUCUCAAUAUUCUGAAGGAGAAGAUGAACUUUUCGACUUGGAAAAAGAUGAAUUAGUACAAAAUAAAGUUGAUUUGAAAGAAAGUAAAGAAGAGACAGAAAUGGUUGAUGUCAAAAUGAUAGAAGAGAAAAUAGAAGAAAUUAAGGAUCAAGAAGAAGUUGAGGGGUCUAAACAAGUUCAAGAAAAUCAAGAUCAAGAGGACGAAGGCAAACAUGAAGAUCAAGAAAAUGAAAAAGAUCAGGAAAAUCAAGAAGAUCAAUAACCAGAAAAUGAGAAUCAUACUGAUCGCGUUCGCCAUGAUCAAGAAGAAUAAAUUAAAGUUAUUAUUUAUUUACAAAAAAAGUUUUUUUUUCGUUAAUAAAAAAUGUAA